GAAGUACACCUACGCAGCGGACAUAAGCUGUCAUAAGAGUUACCUGCAAUCAACACAAAUAACGUCAUAUAUUUCUUAACUAAGUCAAGUUCGUUCCGGAGAUAAUAUAAUAGACGGAAGUCUUAUUUUAUCACGGUUAUAAUCGUGCUGAAAAAAUAUUUUUGCAUUCUACAUAACGGCCUCUUAUGCUUUAGACCUACGCGAAAUAAACUGUUCUGCCAUCUUACAGCGCUCGAUCGCUAGCACGAAUUUGGAGUGGGAAGAACGGCACCGUGCUUUGCUAUUACAUAUCAUUUCUCGAUCGAAACGUCUGUUAACGACCUCAGAAGUUGUGUGUUUACAUAUGGCAUACACAUUUAUUGUAAUAUCGCCAAGUGUUAUUAGUCUUUGGAAGUUUCUCGAAAUAAUAAGAAAUCACAAGUGCGCAUGUAUAUCUUUCAUGUUACAAUGAUAGUGGAUAAAACAUUAAUUUAUUGCAGCUAAUUAUUGUAACGAAACAUACACUUGCUUAGAAUUUGUAGUAUAUCUCAUUAUACAGAAUAUCUAAGAUAAAAGUAGUAUCAUGUUUCUUAAACUAUUGUUAAGCAGCAGCUUAACUAUCAUCGUCGCUGCGGCUUUUUUAACCGACGAGAUAAUUAAAAUAUCUCAGGAAGAGUUAAACAGGCAUUCAAAUUAUAUAUUACCGCAUCGUUAUGAUAUCAUCGUUACACAUAUCGAAGAAAAUAUUCUUGUCUGUAACUGCAUUAUACGUACAGAGAUUAAACAUCCAACAUCAAGCAUAUUAUUGUAUUAUUUACACGUAAAAAAUAUUAAUCUAACUAUGUUUUAUUCUUCAUAUUUUAAGAAUGAUACUCAAGAAGAGAUCAUUUAUACAUCGGUAAAAUUUAUGUAUGAUGUUGAGAAAAACAUUGUCAAAUUUAUAUUCCCUAAUGAUUUAUUGCCAGGGUAUUACAACAUAAAAUUAGUUUAUAAUAUAACUGAAGAUACAGGCCUAAAAACCUUUUAUAAAAGAGAUGAGCGACAAUGGUUUGCAACGUAUGUUGAUCAUAUUGGGAUCCAACACAUGAUUCCAUCUUUGCCCGAAUCUUUAAGCAGAAUGCCCUAUUAUAAGCCCAUCUACAAUAUUAUUAUCGAACAUUAUCAAAACUAUAAAGUUUUAUUAAGUCCACUGAUACAAACAACAGAAAGGAAUGAUAAAAACAUGAUGAAGACAUAUUUGUAUACGUUUGUAAAGCCUAUUUAUCUACUAUUUCUCAACCGAAUUAAUUUAUCUUUUAUGCCUGGUACAAAUGAAAGUGUCAGAGUUAAUAUGUGGUGUAGAAUGCACUGCAAAUUUGCACAUCAAUUUGCUAAAAAUAUAACAACGUACAUGUUCGAUAAAUGGAAACGUUUGAAUCAAACUUGGGAAAUAAAUCAUAUUGCACUUCCGGAUUUUCAAAACGAAAGCAUUAUAAAUUUGGGACUUAUUCUUUACAAAGAAGCAGAUAUUAUCUACAAUGACAAUGUAGAUUCUGUUGCGACUAAAAUCAAAGUUGCCCGCUUCAUGGCUCAUAAAAUAAUACAGGAAUGUUUCUAUUAUGAAAAUCCACUUUGGCCGUUAUCCUCUUUAAAUGAGGCUAUUGUCGCAUUUCUUGGAUUAUAUGUCACCAAUCAGACUCUCCCAAGUAUCCGGAUGAUGGACUUGUUUGUGGUACAAAUUCAACAAGAAUCCCUUCAUUUCGAUACUGAAUAUAAUACAUCACUUUAUAAUACAUCAUUCAACAUUUCUUCUGAACAUUACAGUUACAUUAAAGUAUCCAGUCUAUUGCGUGGAUUACAAGAAAUGAUUCCUGAAGAGAUAUUUUGGCAGAGUAUCUGUAUAUAUGUAAAGAACAAGUAA